AUGAAAGAUGUAACAGUAGACCCGCCUCGGUGGGACUGUAAACUUAUGAGUACCUAUGGUGACGUUGUUGCCGCUAAUAACUCUACCACAACAGGUCGUGUGUGGGAACCCAUUCUGCUUCUGGACCGAAGCAAAUCCAGCACGACUGGAUUCAACGAAACCUGGGUCGGCCGAGCUCCUCUCGUUGAUAAUGGCGUAUAUGUACAGCUGCGAGUAUUUGUGGAUGACACCAUC